AUGCCUCCAGCAGCAGCCAGCACGCAUGAUCAAGCUUCGGCUUCGACCACUGCAUCGGUCGAUGCGGCACCAACUCCACAACAGCUCCUAUUCGCAAGAGCUCUCAUUUCAACUUUCGCCCUAUGGCCUGCUCUGCGUCUAGCCAUCGCCGAAGAGUGGGGCGGCUCGGAUUCGCAAGACAAGGCGGAUUUCCUCCUUUCGCACCUGGCCGAUACCCACGGCGGAGAUCCGGUUGUGGUGCCCGAUCAGGAUGAUCUAAGCUACGCAUUGACGGCUUAUUUCAACGACGAGUACGAAGUCAGAUUGGAGGAUGAUAGCGCAGAGUAUGUGGCUGGAAGGAUAUGCAACCUGCAUAAGCUCUGUUUUGCGGGAGACCAGGUCGAGGCUGAGAAUGCCGUCAAGGGGCUGGAAGAGGCUACCAAGAGUCUAAGAGGAACCAAGACAAAGGCCACCAAACAGGAUGCUGGUGACGAUGCGGGCAUGGCAAGCGAUGAAAGCGACGUCGAAGGUGGAGAGGACGGAAUGGACGUGGAUGGUCAGUCCGCGCAGCAACAGAGGCAGCCUAGGCAGAGACAAGAGCCUAUCGUCGACGAGGAUGGCUUCACAAUGGUCGACAGAAGGCGAUGAUGGCACAAAUAUGGAACAGGCGUCAGUGAAUAACCCAGCGGUGCGCGAAGCACCAAAGUCUGCGCAACCAUCAUCGGCUAGCAUCGCAUCUCAAUUCGACCACACCAGAAGUUUGCCUACCUGCGAGGUGUACGAGAUGAGACCAACGAGCAACGGGAACGAGGCUCCGAUGGUGCCGGAAGCUUGGAUCAUGAUCGAGAAGUAG